AUGAAUAUAGCUAUUGUAGUUCAGCUUAUCUUGUUUCAUAUUGUUGUUUUACGUUCAAGUCAUCAUGACCAUAGCCAUAAUGUCGAAACACCACAUUUCAAAUACAGUCGUGAAGCUAAUGAACAGUCAGUCCAUGAGAAUCAUAGGUAUUCCCACCAUCAUGAUCAUAAUAAUCAUCAUCAUCACCAUGACCAGCAAAGUCAUCAUCAUGAACAUUCGGAAAGUCAUCGCAAUGCUCGUGACAAAUAUUUUCAUAAGAAAGAACAUCAUCAUGCACAUCUCACCGGAGAGAGCGAUUGUCAUCAUCAAAAGUAUAGCAAAACAAGUCAGAAAAAUUAUAAGCCUUACGAUCCAAAUGGGAUUCUAUCUUUCAUGAAUGAUUUUCGAACACGUCUUUGGGUGUACAGUAUUGGAUCAACAUUGCUAAUCAGCUUUAUGCCAUUCGUUUUCUUAUCGCUUAUACCGUUAAAAGCGAACACUGCAGAAAAUGAAUCAAUGCUGAAAAUCCUUUUGAGUUUUGGUUCUGGUGGUUUAUUAGGUGAUGCAUUCCUUCAUUUGAUUCCACAUGCACAACCUUCUCAUCAUAAUGGUCGAAGUUCGCAUUCGGAUUCGUACGCACAUGAUGAUUUCCGACAUUCACAUGAGCCGCAUGACAUGACUGUUGGAAGUUAUGUACUAGCUGGAAUAUUAACAUUUCUGACAGUUGAGAAGCUUGUACGUAUUCUACGAAGUGAAUACAUAAUUCAUUCUCAUUCACAUGGAAAUGGUUCAUCAUCUUCAGAUCAAAAGAAGAUUAGGAAGCAGCAUAAAGCUGACCGAGUUAGUAAGGAAAAGAAAUCGGAUGUUUCAUCAACAGAAGAAAGUUUGCAUAGCUGUUCCGAUGACGAGCACAAACAUCUGAUAGAAAAAACAAGCGAUGUAACGGGAUUCAAAGUAGCAGCAUAUUUAAACAUGGUUGCAGAUUUUGCGCAUAAUUUCACUGAUGGUUUAGCAAUUGGUGCGUCAUUUUAUGCUGGCACAACAAUUGGUGUUGUAACAAUGAUUACUGUGCUCGUACAUGAGAUACCGCACGAAGUUGGCGAUUUUGCGAUCCUUAUCCAGUCUGGUUUCUCCAAGAAAAAGGCUAUGUCUGUUCAACUUUUGACAGCUCUGGGUGCUCUUACCGGUUGCGUUUUGUCGUUAUGUUCAACAAAUGCUGAUGAAUUAUCCGAUACAGCUUCAUCAAGUUGGAUAUUACCUUUCACUGCCGGUGGAUUUAUCUAUAUUGCCACAGUAACAGUUAUACCAGAACUGCUUGAAAAUACUUCUGUUUGGCAAAGCAUCAAGGAAGUAGUAGCCUUGUUAACUGGAAUAGCACUCAUGUUUCUCAUUGCUGCAUAUGAAUGA